AUGUCCCUCUAUGCGUGCCGUCACGAAUGGUGUGAGGACUACUGCGCUCACGGAAGCGCGACGCCGAUGUUCUCGCUGGCGAAGGCCGACCCCGCUGCCGCACCAUCCUUGCCUGCCGCUUCUCCCACCACCACGGCAAAGCCGCAUGGCGAUCAAAGCAGCCAUCGACGCCGGCUUCCGCCGCUGCUGCUCUGCGCCGCGUCCACCGGAACCGGAAAAAGCGUGCUCAUUCCGCUUUACGCACUCGACGCCCAUUGGGCGGUGCUGGAGCGGCGACUGCUGCAAACAAUUGACGACUACGACAAAACCGCUGCAGCGGAGGCCACGGAGAAGGUGCGAGGUGGCGCCCACUCCGCGCACGAUACCCUGCUCUCCGCCAUGACGGCGCAACAGAUUACGGCGGACGCGGGGGCGCCCAACGUUGUCUUGCAGCCUUUCCCUCUUGACUCGCAAGAGAACUUCAUACGCGAGUUCACGGCCUGCAGCCGGCUGCGCAUCGUGGUAAGCCAGCCAACUCGUGUAGCAUGCGCGGAGCUCGCCGCGUACGCAAGCGCGCUCUUGGACGCCGGUCGCACAUGCGUCGGUGCCAGUCACAGCUCCGAAGCGGCGCCGGCAGGAGCAGGACUCGGCGGCCGCCGCCGCCGCGACAAGACGCAGUGUUCCCUGAGCCGUCGGCUUGUUGGAAAGCGGGUGGGUCUUGCUGUCGGUGGGGCGUCGCAGUUUUGCUCCGAAACGGAGAUCGUCUUCGCCACGCCCGGCUACAUCGUCAAUGCGCUGCGGGUCUCUCAUCCCCAGUCGUCGCUGUCGCCAACGACGCUGGUGGUGGAUGAGGCGCACUGCCGCGACGUUGAAACGGAUGCCUUGCUGGCCUGGAUGAAGCUGUCGCGAGCGUGCAGCCAAGGGGGUGAUGCAUCGGGGUCGGCGGCUUCGGCGCCGCUCCCGGUGCUGCGUCAGUACUACGUGGUGUCCGCCACCAUGAAUCUGCAGGCGAUGGACACCUAUCUCUGCCGAGGACUUCCGAACGGCAGCAACGAUGAGCGCGACGUCCAUCCAGGGCAGAGCGAAGGCCUCGCUCGAGGGCCCAAGCGCACAAUCGCGGAGAGCGAUGCACUUCCCGAGGAUGCCAGGAGCACCGACGCCGUGCCUGCAGACGCGCCGCUUCUGCUUCUAUCUCCGACGCAACGUCAUCAUGUGCGGCGGUGGUGGCAAAGGGAACAGGCACUCGGUGCUGGCGGGCGUAUCGAUGGCGCAGACGUGGACUCCGCCGUGACGCGGGCAGUGACGACGGAUCAACGCGUGCGCGCGGCCGUCUUGCAGCUCGUAGAGACCACCGAAGGCUACGGCGAGUGCGAUGACGGUUACCGUGACGACCCCCUUCUUAUCGGUGGCGCCGCGAGUGUGGCGAGCGGCUCACCCGCCAACUCCACAGAACAGGCGGUGGGUGGCUUCUUUGCCAGCAGUGCCAAGAGCCCCACAGAUUCCACAGUCAGAGGGGCGCCACCGCCGCGUCUGCCACCGCCCCUCAACUCAUCGGAGCUUCGCGGCGCCGACGGUGCGGCCAUUGUCAUCGCCACCCAACCGUACCGUGUGGAACGCUACUUCGUCGACGAUCUCGACCCCGUGAAGGGCAGCUUUGCGAGGUCACGGGUGCUAUUUGACGAGGCCACACGUCUCAGCGCUACCGCUGCGGCAUCGGCGGCAGCGACCCGCACCCCUUCGAACGCGGCGCAAGGUGUGGCGAGCAGCGGUAGGAAAGGUGGAAGGCAACCCAAGCAGGGCGACAAGGCAGCCUCCUCCGCGCCUGCCGCCGACGCCACCCAGCGGUCGAGCAAGGGCUUUCCGAUUUGCCUCACCGACGAUGGUGCCGCGCUCCGAGCACGGUUAGUCGAUCUACACGGCACGCGUGCCGCCUCCUAUGUCAUGCUCAACACCCAUGCACGCGCGCUUGUAGAGCUCAUUCUUCAGUUGCUGCAGGCCGCACGGCUUCGAUGGAUCGACGGUGCGGUCGCGCUUCCCGCGUCACCGCGAUCACAGCGUAGCGAACAGUCCUCCCACGCCGAUGGCAUCGCUUGUGAGCCUGUGUCGAUGGCUCUUGCAGUCGCAGACCCGCCGGCAGUGGAGGCUCCGAUCACAGUGCUGGUGUUUGUCGCCGGCAUCAGCGAGCUGCACCAGAUCACGCUGGCUCUCGAGCGGCUGUGCGACACUGUGCAGCCCUCACCCUCGACGGCGUCGUUCCCAUCCACCAACGCUGCGGACUCGAGCGCACCCUCGACUCUCGUGCUGCGCCACGGCUCCGAAGUCUUCUCUAUCGGUCUUCUGCACUCCACCGCGGUGGGAAGUCCGCAAGAGCAGUUGACGGCGACGGAGAACGCGGGGGCUCCGUUGCGCUUGCUUCUCUCGACCAACGUCGCUGAGAGCUCCCUCACCAUUGCGAACACCCGCAUCGUGGUGGACACGUGCCUUGAGCGCCGCAUCAGCACCGACGACGUCACCGGUGCCACGCAGGUGCUGACGUCCUUCGUGUCACCAAGUGGGCUGCGGCAGCGAUGUGGGCGGGUCGGCCGGACGGGCGAUGGCGUUGUGAUCCACUUGGCGCCAAGGCGGUUUGUGCUUCCAGAGGCUUUUCUGCGCCCUCCGACGACGAUGAGGCGGGUCUUAUUACCCACGUCCUCAACUGCAGGCAUGUGCGAUUCGUCAGCCUCGACGCAGACCUUCGAAGCCCUGCCCGAUGGCGUCGCAACGGUGCUGCUACGGCUAAAGUUUCUCUUCGCGAAGGUCAGUGACGCGUUGGCGGCGUUGCCGUCGCCGCCAGGCGCCGCAGCGGUGCGGCUGGCCUUGCAGCAGCUCGCGGAUAUGGGCCUUCUCCUCUUGCCAGAGGCGGCAGAAACGACGCCGCCUCAGGAGGCGACUCGCAACCUACCCGAUCUCGCAGCCGCAAGCGCGCCGUUCGGUUCUGCUGAUGCGGCCGCCCUCUACGGCUGCGACGGUGCGCUGCUCCCUCUACUAAACUGCAGCACUUUAACCCCAAAGGGUUACUUCGUGGCCAGUCUGCCGCUGCCGUACGAGCACGCCACCUUCGUCUAUCAUGGCCUGCAGUUCAGCUGCGUCGAGGACGCGCUGAUGGUGGCGUGCGCCAUGGCCGUCCCGUCGCUGUUUCUGACGCCGCGCGUGUCGUCCCGUAGUGCCAUUCAGGUAGGGAUGCGGCGCAGAACAAAGUCUGACUACGCCUCGCAGCGGUGGGACGUGGACAGGAUGCCGGCCCUCUCGCCGCUCGAGCAGUUCUAUCGGCACCUCUGGGUGCAGCGUCACUUCGCCGGCUUUGCCGUGCAGCGGAUGGUGCGCCCCGCCCCCUACCCGCCCGACGGCGGCGAGGCGACAGACAACCGCCAAACCAUCAACAACAACAACUCCGCGGGCUACGGUGACGAACUCGCGCCCACCACGACCGCCGCGACAACAUCGGUGGAGCGGCAGGCGGGACAGCUGAGUGAGCCCCUCAUGUUGCGCGCGCUGCUGCGGCAAUGGUAUGCCUUUUCGAACGUGAAUGCCUGCAUCGGGUUCCAGAACACGCACGGGCUUAACAGGAGCGCCAUGCGCCAAGUGGACAGCAUGGUAGCCCAGACCUGCGGCCGGCUCAUCCGACUGCUGCGCCAGCUGAGCGCCGCCUCAGAGGAUGCCGCAGGAGCGGCCGUGGAUGGCGCUGACAAGCGCUUCGUUGUCGAGGACGCCGAAGCCGAGGUGGAUUUUGGGGCCUACGUGUGCCAAGCCGGCGCCGUUGAGCCCGGCACGACUGUCCUGCCAAGCACGAACGGCAUGCCACAACGCGGGAGCAACGGCGGUGGCAGCGCCAUCGGUUGUAUCCCUUUUCUUCCAGACUGGCCUACAGAGGCCCGGGAGCAGCUUCUGCGCUCACUGCGGCGCCUCCAGCGCGUCGCGGUGGGUCGUGUGCACCUGCGCCACACCGAGGUGCGGCAACGCUACGGCCUGCCGCAGUGGUACGACAGCGAAGAGCGGUUGAUUCGACUGUGGGGUCGUCCAUACCUACGGCACGGCCCCGCCGAUCACUUGGCCUCACGUACCGGCGGGCGAGGAGCAGGUAGAAUUCGUGACGGUGUUCUGGACAAGGUGCGAGACGCAAGAGAGGCGGUGCAGCGACACCCGUGCUUCACGUACUGGGUCGAUGGCCUGCCUGCCUUGCGCUCGCCUUACCCCUCCCUCUACAGGCAGCAGCGCGCGACGUCCGUCGCUGGUGACGGCGCCAUCACCCCUUUCUCGACAAGUGUGCCUCCACCGUUGUCCACGCACGUCACGCGGCCAAGGGUGCCCAUCUACCGCCCGCCAGCCCCGCCGCCCCCCAUCCCGCCCGUCGUCUUCGCGAUGGGUCGCACCGACGAACGACUGUGCGCCGCCUUCGUAGCCGCGUUCGGCCACCGCACCCUGCGCGGCGAGGACGGGGGGCACCGCUUCCACCACCGCCGCCUGCGCCGCAACAUGCAGGCACUGGAGAACGACGAGGAGCACGUCUGCACCUUUCAUAUAGAUGUGCAGCAGCAGCAAGAACUAGAAUCGUCGUCACUGUCUAGCAGUGGCACAGCGGAUCAAUCGACACGCACCGCACCACUGUCCCCGCCGCCCAACUCCUACGACCUCCUCCAGGCAUCGGGUGUGACGUCGAAGUCGGUGGAGCAGGCUCUUGCUCCAUACCUGCGUGGCGCGGGCCUGCAGCAGCUGGAGGUCUUCCAAAGCAAUCGCCUCGCCGUGGCAGCUCGCUUCGCCAGCGACGGGUUCAGCGGCCUCUUCGACAGCCUCUCGCCCAGCUACUCCACCGUUCUCUGCGCCAACGGCGACGCUGACAACGACGCAUAUGGAGAGAGUGACAGCAUGGACGACAUCGGAGACGACGCCGCCCCUAUGCUGCGCGUUCAUGCUGUGCGGGAUGGACGACACACCGCUGCAAGGGCCACGAAGAGUGCCGAAGCCAGAAGUGGGGUCACAACGUCAGAGGCAGCAUCGAUAAACACUCGGCCGGUAACCGCAGACGGUGCACGUGGACCGCCAUCAGAGGAGCUACUGAAGGCGGUGGUGCUCCCGUCCGCGUUGCGAUACGCUGACGGAGGGAGGCCGCCACCGGCAGCGACAUCGCCUGCCCGAGACACCUCUACUCGAAGAAGUCAUCCGUAUGUGCAGCUGGCACCUUUCGGCGUCAGCCUCCUCACUGCCGCAGCCGCAGGCACCGGCGGUGGGGGUGGGGGCAGCGGCCUUGGCAGCCUCCAGCGCAUACCCUUGCCUGGUGCUGCGACCUCUGCACUCAGCUCGCCAAUUGUGCCGGCGCAGCCGUCGUCAUCCUUGGCCGCCGUUCCCACCUUACCCUCCGCAUCGCUCGUACGCCAGGCCGGCUCCACUGCAGAUGAGCGGCGAAGCGUGAGCUUCUCCGAGCUCCCUCUACCGCCCGCCUCUGUGACAACGCGGCCCACCCGCGGUGGAGCCGCCACUGCGACUGUUACGACGACGACUCGCGUGGCGUGGUCCGAUAACCUUGGCAUUAGUGGCCGGUCGGUCACUCGUGCUGCCGUGGCAGCCUUGGGCCUGGCGGACCUGUUUCCCACGGCGCCUCCGCUGUCGAAGAACUCGUCACCGCUCGACAGCCGGGGAACUCCCUUGCGCAGCAACAGUGAUGGCGACACGGCCGCCACCUCUGCGCCUUCAUCGGUGUGCACGAACUCGCAGCCGUCGGAUGGCACGGCAACGCCGACAACCCUUACAAUCAGUGUCGUGCCGCCUAUCUACGUUACCCGCAGCAUCACGUGGAAGGUGCCUCUGCCUGCCCUCAUACCCCCCGCCUCCUCGAUGGCGCAUGCCACGCACAGCGGCAGCACCGACGCUGCACCGCCGCCGGCGUACUACUGUAUGCUCUGCAACCACCUGUGCUCUAGCCAAGGCGCACUUGACCAGCACUACCGUUCCGCCAGCCACCUGGAGCAUCUCUACCAUGCCGUUCAGCUCGGACUGCGCCGCGAGCACCUGGAGACGCUGUACGGCUGGGCCCCGCGGGCCGCAUGUGGCCCUCAGCGCACGGGCACAGAUGAGGCACUCACGCGCGAUCACCCCGGUUUCAUCGAAAGCGAAGCUAGCGCCAGCACACUCCACCUCGCACCGCCUGCCAAGGCUGUGUUGCCGCUGGCGUCGCUACUCUCCCUUCAUAGCGUCACCCGCCUGCCGCUCGCCCAGCACGUCUACCCAUGUGUUGUCGGUGCCCUGUCGUUCUUGAACUGCCUACAGUGGUCUGCCGACGACUCUGCGCCGUCACCGUCAUGCCUGUCCUCGCCAGAGGGGCCAAAACGCCCGGGCGCUCAUAAGGCGGAGAGCAGAGCAGCAGGGGCGCACCGCGCCACGCCGCUUGCGGUGGCUGGCAGUCUCGUAGCGCUGCAGAGCGUCGCCGAUGUUCUUCCGCCGCCGCACCUGCGGAAGUCGACGCAGCCAAGCCCGUGUCGUGGCGGGGCUGGAGCGGGGGCGGCGGCCCCGUCGUCAUCGGUCGACGCGGAUACGCUCUCGGCGCAUCAUGUGUGGGUGCUGAACUUGUCCAACAGCGGCGAAGUGAGUGCGGCUGCCUCGGGAACUACUUCGCCGCCGAUGUCAGCGCUGCUCGUGGUAGCCGGCUACCUCGCCGCUGCCUCACCGCAGGCCACGGUGGCGCUGCUGCUCAACGGCACACACACACACCUCCACGCGGUGAUGCUGUACGGCUUGGGCGUGUGGCGGCUGCCGACGCCGCUGCCCAUGCAAGGCUACAUGGGUCUCCUGGAGCAUAUUGGACGCGGCGGCGGCUGGCCUGGUGUGCUGGUGCCCAUGACCAACGAUCCGUCCUAUAAAUGGCGGGAAAGCGUGCGUGAAGAAGCGUCGCCUGCAACGCAUGGCCCCUCUGACGAGCUCCACUGGUGCGCUCCAGAGGCGGCGUGUGCCCUGUGCUCAGACAAGCAUCUCGGCGGCAUGUCGGCGAGAGUGCGCGCGCUAGACCGUGACGCCAUCGUGGAGGCCACGCUACUUCUCGUCCUUCACGAGUAUCUUCACGCGCGCCGAAACAUGGUCACCCUGGCCGACUACGUUGAGCGAGUGCUGCACAAGCUUCAGCUCUCUCCCUUUGUGGUGCCCGGCGCGCGUGCAGGGCAAGGGGCCGAGCGAGUAUCAUCAGCGGUGACGGCAGCAGACGUGCUGACCGCAUACCUGGCGCACGUCCGUCGCGGCCAAACCGUACAGGCGCUCUUGCGCGACCUCGGGUGCGUCUUCGCGACACCACCGCGCGCUCUGGCGACGCUCAUGCAACCUACAAGUCCGUCCACUCCUGCCAGGAAUGCCGAGGGGAGCUGCAGUGGUGCGCAAGUAGGGCUGGGUGAGGGCCGCAGCCGCUGGGCGUCCUUGUCGCCUGCUGCGGCGCUGUCAAGGCGGCUCAGCUACCGCGCGCUGGGUGCCGAAGGGGCAGCGGUGGAGAUGAUGUUCACGGUGCCACCGGCGCUCCCGUCGCGGCUACCGCCCGUCACGUUCGCCGCACAGCUCCGGCAGUUCUACGUCGACCGUCACGCGCACCGCUGGGCGCCGCAGAGGCGGGCGUCCGAACGGCCGACACGCACUGGUGGCGCUGCGGCCAUCACAGCCCGAGCGGGAGACGAGGAGCUCAUCAAGGGUAAGUCACAUGCGCGUUCUGCACGUCCGCUUCAAACCCGCGACAGUGCUGGUCGCCUUCGUGGCCCCCGCAAGGUCUACAAGGGCAUCGGCAUCGCUGAUGAGGCGAACCUGCCGCAGUUUUAG